AUGGCUAUCGAGCUCGAUCAGACCCCAGCUCCCCACACGGAGCUGGUCAAUUACAUCGCCGACCAUCCUGAAAAGCCAAUGGUCGAGAUCAUGGCCCCCUACCGCAAGUACGAGUCUCAGCUUCGUACCAUUUUCGCCCAGGACCGUCAGGACCCGCGCCUGAACGACCCGUAUAUCAACGUCCUUCCGCUCUUCACGGAGAACACUAAGCGCAUCACCACCCGUGCUAGAGAUCUCGCCUCCGAGUCCCAGGAGGAGAAGGACAAGUACAUCAUGGCCCUUCCCGAGGACAAGCGCCGAGCCCACGGCUCUCCCGCUACCGUUUCCUCAUUGAAGGAGUUCCAAAAGAACUUUGGUAUCUUCUCGGAAAACUCCCUCGCCGACUUAGAUUGGAGCAACGUCGUUGCCGCGGGCUCUUCCGUCGUCAAUUGUCUCCUCCCCGUGCCUGCUGAGUUCAACACGAGCAAGAGAAAGCUCCGUGAAUAUUACCACGAGAAGUUUUGCCCUGCGUCCGAUGUCGAUCUCUUCUUGUAUGGCCUCAAUGAGGAGCAGGCGAUCGAGAAGAUCAAGCAGAUUGAACAGGCCGUCCGUGAUGCCAUUCUCACCGAAGUCACCGUUGUUCGUACCAAAUACGCCAUUACAAUUGCGUCUCAAUACCCAACUCGCCAUGUUCAGGUUGUCUUGCGUUCAUACAAAUCGAUCAGUGAAAUCUUGACUGGUUUCGAUAUUGAUGCUGCGGGCGGUGCUUAUGAUGGAAACCAAGUCUAUGUUACACCCCGAGCACUUGGAAGUUUCAUUACCCAAAUCAAUCAGAUCGAUCUGUCCCGACGAAGCCCUUCUUACGAGAAUCGUCUGUCCAAGUACUCCCACCGCAACUUCGAGGUGUACUGGCCUGAUCUCGAUCGCUCCAAAAUUGACCCUACCAUCUUUGAGCGAAGCUUCCAGCGGACUUUGGGUUUGGCUCGCCUCUUGGUUCUCGAGCGCCUACCUACCUCGAGUGCUCGCGAGACCUAUUUGAACAAGCGCCGCCGAGAACGCGGUCGACCCACCGUGUACUUCUCGCGUGCUCGUCUUCGAGGCAAUAUCAAGGACAAUUAUGAAGAUGAGGUCGCCGAUUGGGUUGAUGAAUCCGAAGUUUCCAACUAUCACACAUUUACCGUCCCUUACGGAGAGAAGUUCCAUGCCAAGAAGAUCGAGAAGCUGUGUUAUACUCGCGAUCUACUUCUGAACGCCGAAUGGAAUCAGCAUAAGAAGCGCGAGGUGUAUCUUCACCGUCAUCCCGCCUUCUUUGGCCGAGUCGAGGAUGUUAUUGAAGAUUGCUGCGGCACGUGCCCGAAGCCUGUCACCCCUGAAGAGAUCGAGGUUGCCAAGAAGGAAGCCGAGAUAUACAUUUCCGGCAAGGUCAAGCUUUUGAUCGAUGACCCUGGCCGCCAGCAAAUCGGCUCCUUUAACCCCUUGACUGCGGAUGACUGGACUGACAUGGCCUAUGUCGGAAACACCGCACGUCUUUGCCAAUCGAUCGUGGACUCUGACGUCGACGAGGUGUUGGCUUGGCUCUCCCAGCCUGGUGCUGAUGUUAACCGCCGCGAUUACACCGGAAGGACUCCUCUUCAUCUCGCCGUCGUAAGCUCGACUCCAGAUGUGGUCAAGUGUCUUAUUGACCACGGCGCGAGACUCACCGCUCGCCUGGCUGACGGGAAGACUGCCCUUCAUCUUGCCGCAGAACGGGGCAUUCCUGAAAUGAUUAAGUUGCUGAUGGAGAAGAGCAUCGAGAAUGAGGAGGCCGAAGAGGAAAAGCAAGAUGCCAAGCGUCAGGCCUUACGUGAGAGCCAGGAAGAAAAGAAACCUGCGAAGGCUGCAUCCAAGUCGGAGGAAAGCGAGGAGUCGGAGUCUGAGGAAGAUGAGGAUGAGGAUAUGGACAUGCUUGAGGACGCAGCCUCUGACGACGAUGGUGCACACUCAUUCGCUACAGGCUCAUUUGUGAAGGUCAAGAGCGAUGCCGAAGUGGACCGCAUCAAGCAACUGGAGGAAAACAACAACGACGAGCCCGACUUCUAUAAGAUUGAUGUCCUGGCAUGGGAUUCGCCAUGUUCGCCUCUUCACCUCGCUAUUGCGAGUGGCCAUGAGGAAGUGGUCAAGACUCUUUGCGACUAUGGUGGUGACGCACUACUUCCGAUCAAAUUCCUCAACUCUGAGAGGGAGCCUGUCGCUGCGAUUCUCACGUUGACUCUUGCCCUAUCUCUUCCCUUGGAGAAGGCCAAAUCUAUGGCCAGGCUCCUUCUCAGCCUCGGGGCAACGUCUUCCCAGGCCGAUCUUAAUGGAUGCACUGCUUUCCAUCGAUAUGUGGAAUCGGGCAAGAAGGGGAUGAUCGACACGCUCUGGGAGGAAGAUAGGACCGGUGUCAAGACCGCCAUCAACCAUCUAGUCGUUGGGUCCAGUUACUGGAAUCCAAGCGCCAUUAGCCCCCUUCAUCUUGCCAUCGUCAAUGGGGAUUCCACCUUCGUUCUGAAGCUCCUCGAGGCAGGAGCGAACCCACAGGUUGACUUCGAGACUUGGCUCAAGGCGGCGAAAUUCUCUCCCAACCUAGAAAAGCGACUGGGCAACUUCGAGAACAACAUGGGCAUGUUCGAACAGGGCACCACACAACCUCUCAUUGCGGCUCUCCAAAACUGCACAGAUCCGGAGACUGCAAUUCACCUGCUGGAGAAAGGCGCCGACCCUAAUGCCGUUCCUACUUCUACCCGUAAUAUUAUCAAGAAUGAGUGGAAUCGCCGCUACACUAAGGGCGAGUCGGCUCUCGAUAUCGUCCAGGGCUAUAUCAAGUCUCUCCGCGAAUACAAGCCCCCCAGUCUCAACCACAAGGAGCCCACUCCGAUCCCCGGCAUCGACGAGUAUCUUGACAACUUCAUGGAUGGCUCUUAUCAGCAUUGGGUGGUCUCCCGUGCUAUUCGCAGUGCCAAGAAGACUCAGAAGGGGGCACUUGAGUGGUACCAAAAGGACACGUGCAAACUGAAUACGGCAAAGCUAGAACUUAUCGAGAAGCAGACAGAAGUGGUCAAGGAGGCGCUAGCAGGAUAUGAAAGACUUGAAAAGGUUCUCCUUGAGAAGGGUGCCAAGUCUUUCAAGGACUUGUAUCCCGAUAUUGUUGCGCAACACCCUGGCCUCUAUGUCCCCCCUGAACAACCGGCGGUGACGGCCGAAAAGCAGGAAGCCAAACCUUUCAAAUAUGAAUUCAAGUUCACCAAUGUCACUGACGUCACUGAGGCUAGGAAGGCGGCUUAUAUUCAAUUGUUCGAGGCCGCUUGGAGUGGCAAUCUGGAAAAGAUCAAGUCACUUACACUGCAAUCCUGGGAUGAGGAGCAGACCGAGCCUCCGCUGAAGAUUUCUGUCAACGAUGCUGAUAUGAAUUCUCCCUUCUCCCUUGCCUUCAUGCUCGGCCAUUAUGAUGUGGCCUGGGGUAUUGCCGAAGUUGCCCAUGCACAAUACUCUCCUCCCGAAGAAGAGGCGCGUUUGUAUGAGAUGAAGCGUGAUGAUGAGGAUGACGAAUGCUACAGCGACGACGACUCGGAUGCCUACAGCGACCAGAGCAACGACGAACCCAAGAUUGUCUCCAAGACUGUGGACAAGAAGUUCACCAUUGAAAACAUUGGCCAAAUUUCCAUGAAAGUCAAAUCUCGGACUAAAGCCUCGGAGAUGAUCAAUUGGUCUGUAAAUACUUUCACACUCAAGGACGGUGAGCCAGAUCCGGAGUCGUUCAAUCGCCAGCCUAUUUGGGACUUCCUCAUGGAGAAGCAGGUGGAGGAUGGUGUUUUCAAGCGUUUCCUCGACCUUUGCAUUCAUUUCGGAAGAAAGAAGUUCGAUAACAAGUUGGGAAGUGACGAGCCCAGCUUUACUUUCCCUGAGGACACCUUCCGCAAGCUUGUUGAGAAGGGUAGGGUCAAGGUUCUUGCUGAGGUCAUUAAGCGGACUGGAGCAGGAAUCCCCCUGGACCACCUGGUCAAGAAGACUGGUGUGGAAGUGAAGGAAAAGCCUAGGUUUUACCAAGGACUGACCGUCUAUGGCAAGAAGAGGAAGGAUUGGGCCAAUGCUGGACGGAACAUGUAUGUCAAGUCUAGUGGGCUGAGGACGCCACCGCUUCUCCACGCCGCCCUUGGCGGAAAUUUGGAGUCUGUAGAGUGGUUCUUAACGGACACGCCCCUACGCCUGUACACCGAAUUCAGCCAGUCCAAGGCCGCCCAGGAAGAUGGGCGUUUCAAACAUCUCACGACGACGACCGGCGGCUUUGAGAACCUAGUGUCGAAGUGGCUUGGAAACGAGAGUAAGGAUCGCCUCAUUUCCCGCACAUCCUCAGGGCAGGGCAUUCAGAUACUAAUCAGGCGUUCAGAUGACCUUGUUCUCCAUUGCGCUAUGCUAUCUACCGAGACGGAGGACGCGUUGAAGAUGGUGAAGUAUCUCAUCAAGGGCUGCCCGUCAGCCUUAGAGGCAAGAGAUGCCUACAGGAACACCCCGUUGCUCACCGCAGCGCUCUUCGGUCGCGUCAAGUACUGCAAGCUGUUGAUCGAAGGCGGCGCGGACCAGUCGGUGAGGAACAAGUUCGGCCAGAACGUAAUCCACUGUGCCCUCAGGAGGGGCCCCAAGGCAGACCAACUCAAGCCGUUCUUGGAAUUGCUUGAUCAGGAGCUCGCCGCGCAUCUGUUGAAGCAACGCUGUCUCUUGGAGUCUGGUGGGCUUACCCCACUUCACGGGUAUAUUGAUGAGCUCACCCAAGAAGGUUACCGAUGGGACAGUAGCCCGUCCCCCAGGAAUCACAAGGCAAAAGAAGCAGCCGAUGUGAUUCAGCUUCUCCUCAAGUAUAGCAAGGGUGUGGAACUCGAGUUGUUGAACGCUGCCGGCGAUUCGUGCCUCCACACGGCUGUCAUGAGAUCUUAUUCGUGGCUCACCAAACUACUCCUCGAUGCUCGACCGAAACUACUGUACAGGGAGAAUGCAGUUGGGCGAACCCCGGCUGAGGUGGCGCGCGACAAAAUCAUGGCCCAGAGAUUCGCCCAGCCCGACGCGUUGUCGAUCCCGACCAGCAAUCGCAAUGACAAGUGGGUGAUCAACACGAUCACAACAAAGGUCUCGGCCGAGAAGAGAGGAAAAGGAAAGAAUCAGGAGCCUAAUAAAGACAAGGUCUGGGAGAUCUGUUCAGCUGUCGCCAAGAGAUACCCCGACAAGCGCAGGCUCGUGAGCCUUAACGAGGCAAGCGAUGUUGCCAAGCGCCUCGGGGAGGAGCACACCUCGUCGAGGUACUUUACUGUUCAGCCCAAGGCUGAUGACUCGGACGACGAAGGCGCAGCGGAGAAGAAGAAGGAUGAUGAUACAGACUUUGUGAUCAACGAGGGCAAGGGCCGUGCCAGCUCAUCGUGGACACCUCCGGAGGGCUUCAAGUCGGCCCUAGACAAGAGGAAGGAGAACAAUGAGCCGGUCUGCAAGGGUUGCGGGCAGUAUCACGAGCUGAUUGACGCCUCUGACUCGAGCAGCUCAAGUGAGGAGGACGGUGAUUCAGAUGAGUACACGGAUUACUGA